GUACCGGUGGUAUCCUGUGAAGUCAAAGCUACAGUAAGCAGUAGCUAGCUAGUAGAUCGACAGUUCUCGUACUCGUACAUCGUACAUCGUACAUCGUAUGGACUGGGGCCUUUGGUGCCAACUGACUUGAGUUCAAACCAUUACUAGUAUUCCAAAAAACGAUUCGAUUCUAUUAUUACUCUACUAGUCUAGUAGCUUGAUUUGCUUUCCAUUUCAUUUGGUUGUUUGGGUGGGCGGCAUCAAUACUAUUUGGCAAGAUGAUGAGAAUGAUGAUGAUGGAUUCGAGUCGGGACGAAGACGACGAUGAUAACGAGGAAGGAACGAGCAUGCUGGAGGAGGUGGAUAUCUCUGUCGUUAGUGAAAGCGGAGUGGAAACUCGGCUUAUGUGUGGUCUUGGAGGUGCCUUGAAUCCUUCGAAUAGCAUGGCCACUUCUCCGAGCAAGUUGCUGCGUCGUCGAGCAGGAGGGGUAUCACCUGAUACUAAUGGGUCCAUGUCGUUUUCCCUGUCUCCGUCCUUGUGUCUCACAGAAGAAGGAGGCAAGGGACUCUCUGCUGGGAAUACCAUUGGACUCAAUUCGUUUGGAGGGAUGACAAAUAGCACAUUCAACGAAUUUAGCGAAAUGGAUCGAACGUCGUGUCUGUUAAACUCCAACAACGACGUCAUCAAUCAUCGUGAUGCCAAGACCAACAACGUCAAGAAAAAGAUAGACAAGGAUGACAACUUGGAACCAGAAAUUGAUUUGACUGAAAACCGGACACUAGGAACAACCACCCAAGCUGCCAGCAUUCUCAAUGAUAUUCGGUCUUACGAACUCCAACAGCACUCUACCAACAAAACCUGGGAACAAAAGCACUCCCACACUACCACAGCUUCCUCUUCUUCUUCCACGGAUGAAGCGGACGACAAGACAAACUUUCUUAUCAAUCGUCUCGAUGGUUCUCCGGGGAUUAGAUCCACCUUUCAGGCGCCGUACCGGCCACCCACCAAGCUCCAUGAACUCUGCAAUCAAGCCAAAACGGUCCAAGAUCUACAGCAAGUAAGAUCCCAACUGCUGAAUCUACGAUUGCCACGACGUGACAUUCUCAACUUUGCACGAGUCUCGGAUGGAAAAGGUUGUACUCCGCUCCACCUAGUCUCGGAAAAUACCGCUAUUGCCGAACAUUUGGAUUCAAACGCCAACAAUAUUAUCGCAGCGGACAAGGAAAACGACAUUUGGUUGCCAGACAUUGCCACGCCAAAAUCGUUCUCCAACACUCCGGAUGCCUCACGAGAACUGAUUGUGCAAAACUUUAUCCUUGACUUUCUAUUGGUUGCCAAUCCUCGUGCGGCCAUGUCUCGUGACAAUGAUGGCAAAAUACCCUUUGAGCGGUGCAUUAACGAGUGGAUCAUUGAAUCAUACGAUUCCAUGGUACACAUGGCAGCAACCAGCCGACGAGACAGUUUCGCACCCAAGGUUGUCUUGGACGCAUUACGGUCCACGGCCGUGAUUGCCAGGUCAUCCGGUCUUAUUGGAAGCAAGAGGCAUUCUACGGCGGCUGCUAUGGACGGCAGUACACUCCAAUCCCCACCCGAAAAGUCAACUAGCCUUGGAUUGAGUCAAGACCCUUCCUCGGGUCGCAAAGAAACCCCCGGAGCUACCCGAAACACGAGCGAAGGCCCGGCACGAAAGAGGUGCUUUCCAAUUCAUGUUUGCGUUUCAAGUCAACUGGUCUUUGCUCUCAAAAUGCUGUCUGCAAUCAUGGGAAGACUCGACAAGCUCGCUUCAUCAUCGUCCUCCAAUGCUUUGCCCACUCCCCCUCCUUCGAGACGCAACAACAUUCGAGCAAAGACACCAAAGUCUAUCAAGGAGGUGGAUUCGUUCGAUCAUGUCAUGGAUCAUACAUCAUUCUUCCAGAGCAUGGAUGACUUCACGUACGAUGAAAUCCAGGAAGAAAUUGUAUCCAACAUUGCCUCGAUUCCGGACUUUGUAAAGCUUGUGUUGCUCAUCGAGAACGACCAUGAUCGGGAGUUCGCCCUCUCCACAACUAUUAUGCGUCGCGUUCUCAUGAGCAAACUUUCUGUCGGGGGUUGGUUGCCAGCAAUGUUGCGAUGCAAUCAAAGAAGGGUCUCGGAUCGAGCUGUUGACUACCUGGAAAUCGUGUCCAACCUUGCAACUUGUGAAAAAAUUUCAACGUUGUCGUCUUCAUCAUCGUCAUCGACAAACAAUGGUUCCAAACUGGCCAAGUCAACCAGUUCGGCUCGACUUAAUCGUGCGGAACGACUGCGGGAUGAUUUCCACACCGAGAUCAGUUACCUACAAGACUUUGUGCCGUCUCUAAUGGCGCUGGGGGAAAAGAAGAUGGGUGAGGCGGCAACCACCAUGGUAGUUCGCAGGGUCAUGGAUCGUAUCAUUGCAAGACCGUUCGCGGUUUUGUUUAUUCUCUGUGAUGCCGCCUUUCUUGUACUUUUAAUCUAUGGCUUUCGUGACGCGGUGAACAAACUACUGGUCAAGGGGAAUCCAAACGCUGUCUUGCGUUCAAUCUACAUUGCCAACACGGGGAUCUUCUAUUUCGUCAUUCGAGAAAUUGGAAAAGUCAUUAGCAUGCGAAUGAUUGGUCGAACCCGGGCCUUAUUGAGCUUUUGGAACUUGGCAGACCUGACGGCAACCAUGUUUGCCUUUGUGAGCAUUAUGGCGAUUCGAUCCAUUCAGAGACCCGAUGAUGGUCUUGAUAUUAUCGAUAUGCACUCCUUUCGUAACUUUUUGGCAGUCACGACGGGGCUCUUGUGGCUGCGAGUUUUGAACCUUCUCAAGGGAAUCAAUAUGCAAAUGGCAACAUUCAUCUUGGCCAUUCUUCAGAUCACCAAGGAUACACUCACGUUUGGUGUCAUUCUUCUGACCAUGAUCCUCACGUUCAGCCAAAUGUUCUACACUGUGUUGGUCCCGGACUAUUGCUCCGAUCCAGAAGCACGAGAAAUGGACGACCCCGAUUUCCGGUGCGAUCAGGCGGAAUACAUCUUCAGGGUCUAUACCAUUCUUCUUGGCGACUUUGGAGCCUUUGAGAGAGAGACCUUUCAGACUAGAUUCGCCUUUAUAUUGCUCAUCUUCUAUAGCUUCAUGGUUAUCAUUGUUCUGUUGAACGUUCUCAUUGCCGUGGCGAGCGACAGCUACGAAAAGUGCCUCUUGAGAUCCAACAUGUUGUUUGGAAGGGCACGGGUCAUGUUGAUUGCCGAGAUUGUUUGCUUUCAAAACCUCUUGCGAAAGAUCCCCAAUGACGGGAGCCAACUCGUGCAUCAAAAGGAAAAACCAUCACUGUCCAGCGAUCGUUGGUGGUGGCUCAAGUCCUGUGCCCAAGGCUGGAGCCGUGGGUCGUUGGUGUUCUUUGGCCUCUCUUCCAUGGUUGUGGUGUUCUGGGCAUUCGGUGAGAUGGCGGGGUACUUUUCCGGGGACCAGCGUUACGGCAACGUUGCCGUGAGCAUGGCGAGUGUCCUCGUGAAUGUGUUUGUCUUUGCCGCCAUGAUGGCCUUUUUGUCGCAAGGAGCUCAGACCAUUUCCUCACGACGCAGCCAGAUGGACAUUGGCGAUACAGCAGCAGAGCGCAAGGGGGGUUUCCUGGUCCGGGUUCAAAGUAUGAUCCUUCGUGUCAUGGGCUCGUCACAGGAUUCAUGGACUCGCAAGAAACAGGACGACAAGAAGGAACACGAGUGGCGGGGACGAGUGCACCAUUUGCAGAGUCGUAUCGACAAGAUGGCUCAAGAAGCCAACGAACGUUCCGUAGCACAAGCUCAGGGCAUUGAGCAAAUGGUGGCAGUUACAGAGCUGCGGUUGAAAAAGGAUAUUUCCGAGUUAUCAGACCGACUGGAGUACUUGCACAGUGGUUGCAUGUCCGAUUUGAAGCAGACUCAGGAGGAAGCCCUGAAGCAGAUCCAAGAGUGUCUGUCCAAGAGUUUAGUAAAGCAAUCCUAGAUCCUACUCAGUACUAGCUAGUGUGUGUAUUGUAAAACCUAAUCCAGAAUAGAACUCUCUCAAACCU